AUGAGGGCUCCCGCCGCGCCUGCAAGCCCUCUCGGGCUGCUGGCAGCGUUGCUGCUGCUGGUUGCCCGGCCUUGCGAGGCCCAGACGGGCAUGGACAGCCCGCUCAAGGGCUAUGGAACUCCCGGCCCCAACACCACAGAGGUCUACGUCAGCGCAUACCUGGACAGGCUGCUCUCAGGCAAGCCGCAGGGAGUUCCCCCACUGGCCUACCAGUUUGAAAGCAUCAUGUACUUCUAUCUGUCCUGGGUGGACCCUGAGGCCCGCAUCAAGAUGGAGGAGACCACUCUGCAGAUGCGAGAUGCGAGCACCGGCUAUCAGUGCUGCGAUGGAAUCUACAUCCCUGGCUUCUACUUCAAGAACGCGUACGGCUACUCUGGCAUCAGCUACGACACCUACUUCCUGGGCGAGUCGGCGGUGCUGCGGGAAGUGCGGGCGAUGAACUUUGCCAACUUCCCUUUCGACUCGUUUGACCUGCUGACCGAGCUGCGAUUCAAGGACACCACCCGCGACAUCAACGUGUCCACCUAUGGGCUGGACAACAUGGGGGCGGGGCGCCAGCGGAUCAAGGUCAUCCCUUCCAGCGGCGACACAAAGCUGUUCAACCUGGGGGCUGGCGACGAUGCCAACAACUGGCAGGUGGUGGCCCUGUGCCUCAACAAGUACAACCUGUCCAUGCUGGACGGUGUGAAGUACAGCGAGCGGUACAGCGCCCCAGGCGACCCCGCCCCGCUCUGGCCGGACCUGCUCGCCUUGGCGGGGUCCGGCAACUUUGCGGUCGGUGCCGCCGCCAACCUGCUGCUGCGCCAGGACGAUGACAUCGGGGGCGUGUUCAUCACCGUCAAGCGCUUUGGCCGCUCGUCGUGGAUGGACGGCAUCCUGCCGGUGCUGGUGGUCUUCGUGCUGGGCCUCUUCAUCUUUGUGCUGGACUUUGAGGAUGAGACGCACCUGUACAACCGGCUGCAGCUGGUGGUCACCCUCUUCCUCACCCUCAUCGCCAUCCAGUUUGUGCUGGUGGACAAGGUGCCCGCCUCCAGCUACAUGACCCCCAUGCAGCAGCUGGUGCUGGCCACUUACGCCUUCCUGUGCUGCGUCAGCCUGGAAAGCAUCAUGCUGCACUGCUACGUGGCCGCCUCCUCUAAGUUCAUCUGGACGGCAGUGCAUGCCAUCGCCCUGUCUCCCUGGUGGCUGGGGCGCAAGGCGUCCCGCCUCGCCUGCUGCAAGGGAAGAGGGCCGCGCACACAGCCAGCGCCGCUGGCGGUGCACAUGGACAAGCCAGGGGCGCCAGCAAACGGCUGCCCCACCACCGCAGCAGCAGCCACGUUCGCGAGGGAUGCCGAGUCCGAAAAAGACAAGCUGAGCUCCCUGGGCUCGUCGCACUGCGACUCGCAGCAGGCCGCAGAGCAGCAGCAGCAGGUGGAGAACGGCUUUGGCGGCAGGCAGCUGCACCGCCUCUUCUCGCCCUCCCGCAUGAAGGCCCGGCUGCUGACGUGGAGCUACAGCCUGGGCGAGGUGUGCCUGUGCGAGGCGGGCGCCUGCCCCUGCAAGCACGGCGCCUGCCCCUGCAAGGACGGCGCCUGCCCCUGCACCGCGCCCGCCUGCGACUGCCGGCUGGGGCGGUGCCCGUGCCGCAGCCGGCUGCAGGACUCAAUACGCCGCAAGCGCACCGCCAACAUGGCGGACAACCUUGUGUUUAGCGUUCUGGCGGUGGGCUACACACUGGCAGCCAUCCUCAUCUUCACGCUGCAGAGCGGCUACACCAGCAUCUUCCCGCCCACCGACGACCGCGGCGCGAUCGCCUGCUCCGCGACAGCCUGA